GUUCCCGCCCAACGGUCGCGAAGCUCCGUCUGCCCCGAGUGCGCAUGCGCGGCUGCAUGAGGCGCCGGCUCCGCACGCCGCCGCCCGUCCCUGCCAUGUCGGAGCGGCUCGGUAAACCCACCUGCCUCCUCGUCGCCAGCGCCGCCUCCGCCGGGGUGUCAGCCCAGUCCUUCCAGCAGUGCUUCACGCUGAGCAGCUCUGCCUUCAACCUGCAAGUCGCCACUCCUGGGGGGAAGUCGAUUGAUUUUGUGGAUGUGAAUGAGAGCAAUGUGCGCUGGAUACAGGACUUCCGCAUGAAGUCAUAUGCAAACCCUGCCAAGCUGGAGUCAAUUGAUGGUGCUCGAUACCAUGCACUGCUGAUUCCAAACUGCCCAGGGGCUAUGACUGACCUUGCAAACAGUGGGUACCUGGCAAAGAUACUGCAGCACUUCUGCACAGAGAACAAGCCUAUCUGUGCAGUUGGACAUGGCGUUGCAGCUUUGUGCUGUGCCACCAAUGAGGAUAAAACCUGGGUAUUUCAGGGAUACAGCCUGACAGGGCCCUCUGUGUAUGAACUAAUAAGGCAGCCGAAUUUUGCCAGUUUGCCCAUUAUUGUGGAAGACUUUGUGAAAGAUUCUGGAGCUACAUUUAGUGCCAGCAAACCAGAUGCUGUACAUGUUGUGCUGGACAGGCACUUGGUGACAGGACAGAAUGAAAACUCCACCUUUCCAGCAGUCCAGAAUCUUCUUAUUCUUUGCAACGUCAGGUGAAUGUGUGUUAGAAGUCCUUUCCUGGAUGUGGACUAACAGGUGCUGUCAUGUUUGGAUGUGUUUCAUUCAGCAGGAAAUAAAGGAGAAGAUCUCUUUGCAAAUAGGAUGGAUGUUGAGCCAGCAGGCUGGGGACUCUUGUCUUUUAACUGGAUAAAAUGUGUUUAAAUUUCUAUCCUGGACUAUGAAGUGACUGUGAUGUUGAAGUGACAGUAUUAGGUUGUCUGUAUACAGAAUGGAGGAAGGAACAAAAAAUCAGUGGCUGUGAAUGUUGUUUACUGAGGAUGAAGACUGUUCUUGGAUAACAUUAUACCAACCAUCAUUUGUAGCUCAAAUAUUACGAUCUCCACAUUGAUGUGCCCCUUCCAGAGGUGUCCUUACCUUUCUUUGGUAGAUCUGAAUACUGUCUGAAUUCAGAAUGUAUCUGUGACACUUAAAUAUACUUGGAGCAGGAUGGAAAAUGCUUAUCUGGGUUUGUUUGUUCGUUUUUAACAUUUUUAGCUUUGGUUUAAACCCUCAUUUCUGACAAGCUUGCUCAGAGAUUUGUUAGCCUCUGUCACCAUCAGAACAGACUUGCCAUCAGGAUUUGUAGCAGACUAUCUGCUGAAAUGAUACAGAAGGCUUUUUGUUCUUGUGCUGCAGUAGUGUUUGUAGUUAGGGUCAUUUUGUUUUGGACAUUGUGCAGCUACAGCUCUGUCCUUAAAAGCUUUGAAUACAAAAGAUGAAUCUUCCCA